AUGUUUGUUUAUCACCAGGGCGCCACCACCGCGUACCUUCUCAUGUACGUCGAUGACAUCAUCCUGACUGCGUCCUCACCAGCGGUACUUCAGCAGGUCACAGCUCGCCUCGGCACCGAGUUCGCCCUCAAGGACUUGGGGGCUCUCCUCUACUUCCUCGGCAUAGAGGUCGUCCGCCGUGCCACUGGCUUAUUUCUGCAUCAGCAGAAGUAUGCCUCCGAGCUCCUGGAGCGAGCCGGCAUGCUUAACUGCAAGCCUGCUUCCACGCCUGUCGACACGAAGGCUAAGUAUGUUGUCCAGCAGGUGUGCCUCCACAUGCAUGCUCCUCGUGACACCCAUUGGGCUCUGGUGAAACGUAUUCUCCGGUAUAUACGUGGCACCACGGCUAUGGGUCUCACCCUGACGAUAUCACCCGACACCAGCCUCGUCGCCUACUCCGACGCCGACUGGGCUGGACACUCGGCGCUCCACCUCCGGCUACUGCGUCUACCUCGGGCCCUCUCUGAUCUCAUGGUCGUCUAA